AUGUGUGGAAUUCUGUUUCGUUUACGACAAAGUUCGAGCUCGAAUGAUGGAAAUCAUUCAAAUUCAUUCCACAAAGAUUUAUGGAAUCAAUUAAUGACUAAAAAUACGCAACAUCAAUUUUCCGAAUCAUUAGAUAAUUUUGAAUUGGACUUUUUUGGUGCAGUGUUGCAUCUGCGUGGAAAAUCUGUUAUUAAACAACCUUUGAUAGAUAAUGAUCAAAAUGUUUUAUUAUGGAAUGGUGAAAUAUUUGAUGGUUUAGAGGUACCUUUUGGAGAAAAUGACACAAUAUGUUUAUCAACAACCUUGAAAGAUAGUGAAAAGAUUAGCGACAAGAUUAAUGAUAAUAAUGGUGUCCUUAAGGUUCUUCGAAUGAUUGAGGGAAGACGAUCGUUAUUAUGGCAUAUUCCCACCAGUGAAGAAGAUAACUUUUUUCUAACUUCUGUGGGUUGUAAGACACCACGUGGAUCAGAACAUGUUGAAGCUAUGUCUUAUUUUCAGGAAGUUCCUGCUGACGAAUCUGUUUCGAAUCCUUUUGUCCCAGUAAUAUCUUUAGAAAUGGAACAAGCCAUUAAUCAAAUGAUUGAUGUGUUGGGCGAUUCUGUGCGACGACGUGUUUUUGAUAUUCCACGGAUAGGGGGACAACAGGAUGCUAGUGUGGCGAUAUUGUUUUCUGGAGGAUUAGAUUGUAUUUGUCUUGCUGCGUUAGCAGAUAAAUAUAUUCCACAUGGAGAGCCUAUAGACUUAUUAAAUGUGAAAAGUGAUAAAAGUAAAUCGAUUUACGAUGUUCCUGAUAGAUUGACUGGUCGGCAAGGUGUUGAAGAAUUGAGAAUAUGGAAUUUUGUUGAAGUGGAUGUUCCUUAUGAACAAGUUUGUCAAUGUAAAGUUGAAAUUUUAGAAUUAAUGUCGCCAUCAGAUACAAUUAUGGAUCUGGAAAUGAUAAAAUUUGAAAGCAAGGCAAGAGUAAUACUCAUUGGAGUAGGUGCAGACGAGUUACUUGCUGGAUAUUCACGUCACCGUGAAGUGUUUAAAAAAGGCACGGGUGAAAAACUACUGUUGCGGCAUGUUGCAAGAAGAUUAGGGUUAAUCAAUGCUAGUAUGCUUUGGAAGAGAGCUAUACAAUUUGGGGCCAAAACUGCAAGGAUGACCAAUGAAAAGAAAGACAAAAAGGGGGAUAUGAAA